CGGGCCGACAACUCUGACCUCAAUUGCUAUGAUCCUGACAACCCCAAGCAAUGUCGCUUUCUAUUCUGCAAGUAGCCGACGCCAUAAUAGACUCAGUGGAACCUACAGGAGUUACCGAUGAUGCCUUACACCGGCUCCAGGCAGUCUUUCCUGAUUCAUUAAUCCUUGCCGCGCUCGAUAUCAUUGACAGAGAAAAUAUCGUCAAGUAUGAAGUAAACUCGGGGCACAUCUAUUACGAAGUGGCUGGGUCUACGGGAACACACACAGUCAACAUUGGUUUAAACCUUGGUCCCACGUCCAGUUUUUGCACUUGUCCUGCAUAUAUUUAUGCCGUUUUGCUCUCUAAGACGCACUUGAUGUGCAAACAUGUCCUUGCCGUUCGGCUCGCUGAACGUAUUCGCGCUUGCGUUAGUCGCCCGAUGGGACAGGAAGAAUUGGCUGUAACUUUGCAGCACCAGUAUACAAAGAUAUUGUAAGAAUUAUCUACGUCAAUAUCAAGGUAUCACAACAGACCGAGGAAAGAAAUAAUAAUAAUAAUAGAAGCAUUCUCCGACGAACUGAAAUCUAUUCGUUCUCAUCCUUGCAUCUCCACGCCAGAACGG